AUGGUAAGUGGAGCUCAUACACUAUCAAUGUUUUUUUCAUCAACUAACAACAGUGCCGUUUUGACUGGACACCCGUUUGAUUUGGUAAAAGUCCGUCUUCAAACCGGAUUAUACGAUUCUUCCAUACAAUGCAUCAAGCAGACAUUGGUCAAAGAUGGACCCACUGGAUUCUACAGAGGAGUCUUACCCCCAUUAUUAGGAGUGACUCCCAUGUUUGCUGUUUCAUUCUGGGGUUACGAUGUCGGUAAACGAAUUGUCGGAUCUGCCACUGGUAAAACUGCGGCAGAAUUCACUAUCAAAGACAUAAGUACCGCUGGUUUCAUCUCGGCAAUUCCUACAACUUUGGUUGCUGCUCCGUUUGAAAGAGUCAAGGUGAUGAUGCAGAUUCAAGAUAGUGCCAAAAAGUCGUCGAUGGGUUCAGUGAUUGCCGAAAUGUACAAGACCGGAGGUAUUAGAUCUAUUUUCAAAGGCUCAGCCGCAACAUUGGCAAGAGACGGACCAGGAUCGGCUCUAUACUUUGCAACCUACGAAUACUUGAAGGAAAGAUUGUCGACUCCAGGCGAAGAUAUGUCCAUUUUCGCCAUCACCAUGGCUGGUGGAUGCGCCGGUGUGUCCAUGUGGCUCGGGGUGUUCCCAAUUGACACCAUCAAGUCGACUCAGCAAUCUUCGAACACCAGUGUUUCCAUUGUUCAAACCACAAAGAACAUCUACAAGCGUGGAGGGGUCAAGGCAUUCUUCCCUGGUGUGGGUCCUGCUUUGGCCAGGUCUUUCCCAGCAAACGCUGCCACCUUUUUAGGAGUUGAGUUGGCCAGAACCUUCCUUGACAAGAUGGUAUAG